GCUCAAGCAGGAAUGGAACAUUCUGAAGUCUUUGAACAUCGGGGACAACCUCGACCUGCUCAUCAUGGAGCCGCUGCCGACCGAGAGCAAGGUCAAGGACGCUCGGCAGCUCGCGCUUCUUGCAAAGCAGCCGGUGUCCCUGAAGAGGGCUAAGAUUAUCUGCGGAUUUGGCUCGAUGUCGCUCGUGAUGGAGUCGGACACCUCCAAGUACGGGAAUGGCUUGGAGAUGAGGUGGUCCGUCGCGCCCGGCUCGAGCUCUGUCGAUGCGGAGAAGGUGAAGAUCUGCAUGAAGUUGCCCGGGAAGGAGAUGCAGGUGACAACAAUCGCGUCCGCUCUGAAGCAGUUGAAGUUCGAUGUCGCCCAAGCCAACCAGGCGGUCUAUGGUCACAAGUGCACCAUCUCGCCGACGCGGAAGAUCAUGCUGCAGGAGGCGAAGCCGCUCGUGGCGAAGGGCGAGUCGCUGUCGCUGUCCGUCGAUGCCUUGGACGCGAACAACGCCGGGCUUGUGAUGGUCUCUGAAGACGAGACCCCCUCCUUCUCCGCGCUCCCAGGCGUUGAGGGAGCGGCAAGCGCAGGGUCGCCGAGUGGCUUCUACGUCUACGCGGCGCAGCGCUCCGUGCUCUUCAAGCUUGUCGCGACGAAGGGGAUCACCUUGGAGGCGGGCCACGCGCACAUCCU